AGGGGAUGCACCCAAGACUCGAAGCAGGAACAACUCUAAGCUUAUUACUUUCCAAAACAGCACGCCAGGCAUCAACUGUAACAGCAUGGCCAGCUCUGGGACGAUGAAGGCAGUUGUCUUCAAGGGGCCGAACCACGUAGUCGUGGAGCAACGGCCCAUCCCACAGGUCCAAGAUGAUACCGAUGCUGUGGUCAAGGUGGUCACGUCGGGGCUUUGCGGCUCUGACUUGCACAUAUAUCGUGGCCACCAGCCCGUAUCGCACCACGACUUUAUCCUCGGGCACGAGUUCGUCGGCACGAUCCACAAGGUCGGUCCAGGCGUCAAAUCAUUCAAAGAGGGUGACCUGGUCUUGUCCCCGUUCACCAUUUCUUGCGGUGACUGCUUCUAUUGUACACGGAGCCAAACGGGUCGCUGCGUCAGGUCGAAGGUGUUCGGCUCCGUGCCCUUGGAAGGUGCACAGGCGGAGUAUGUACUCGUCCCACUCGCAGAGACGAGUUUGUACCACGCGCCGCAGGAUGUGCCGAAGGAGCUGCUUGUGCUGCUCGCAGACAUUGUGCCGACAGGCUACUUUGCAUGCAAGAACGCGUGGGACCGUCUAAGCGAUGAGGAGCGCAAAGAUGCGACGUGCGUAGUCAUCGGAAACGGACCCGUCGGGUUGUGCGCUGUCUCGGCCGCCGCGGCGCUGCCGUUCAAGCGCAUCUUUGCCGUCGAUUCGAUCCCACAGCGCCUCGAGCAAGCCAAGAAGCAUGGCGCGCACCAGUCAAUCAACUUCCAGAGUGAGGACGUCGAUAUGAUUAUUAAAGGAGCCACGGGCGGACGGGGUGCAGAUGUCAUCCUCGAAGUCGUUGGAGCUGAGGCGGCGCUGCAGAUGGCCAUCAAACUCGCGCGGCCUUUCGGUGUCAUUUCCUCCGUCGGGGUUCACACGCACAGCGUCACGCUCAGCGGGCCUGACCUGUACAACAAGAACUUGCGACUCAGCUUCGGCCGCUGCCCGGUUCGUGCAGUCUUUGUGCCCGCGCUCAAGCUGCUCCAAGACAACGUCGACCUGUUCAAGAACUUUGUACAACAUGUCAUCCCGAUCGACAGUGCGACUGAGUACUACAAACUGUUUAACGAAGGCAAAAUUCUCAAGACGGUUUUUGAAUUCAAGUAACUUUCAUAUGCGUCUCCCAACCACAAAUGACAAGGAGUUUCAAAUCUCCAAAAUGCACCACAAUGAAAUACUUUGUUGCCACUAAGAAAACAGUAUUAGGAGACGAGCG